UGUUGGAGUGUCCAAAAGUCAAACAAUAAUAAGUGGUCGAAAGGCGAAACUCGAAACACUAAUCAAAAUUCUGUGAUCGAUGAUCGACGUCGAACGUAUAUUUCGUGUAAAUAAAUAUGUAUCGAUAGCAAAAAUAUCUUCUUUAUAUAUUAUUUAUUAGUGAGUGCAUGCUUAAAGUUUUAUCUCCAGCUAAGAUUGGAAAGGUUUUGCCGCGAAAUGAGAUAUGUUUAUUUGUUAUUACUCUAUAUUUGUUAUGUGGCUUCCAAUGGUGAUAAAGAGGAUGAAAUUGAGUACAGGAAAAGGAGGAUUAUCGAGCAAUUGAUGAACACACGACCUGUUCUAUUACCAGGGUAUCAGUUGGUAACCAGACAUGUGGGCAUCGAUGUGUUUAUGUACAGGAGUUAUCGGACAGUUGCUGUUGUUUUCUAUCCUGUUACGAACGACUUGAGUGAUGCACGGUUUACAUUUCAAUGCGAAGAACUUCAUUUGAAUAACAUAGGAUCAUGUAGCCCCAAAGAAGUAGUCAUCCAUCUUAAACAAGGCUCAUACCCGGCGGUUAACCCGGAUGGAUAUAAUUUCCCAAAGACCUUCGUUAAUCCUGUAUUAAGGGAGGAGCCGAUACAUACGAUAGAACUGCUUUCCAAUGGCACUAACUUGACGUAUUCAAUACCGAACCCUAAGCCUGGUAUAUGGUAUGCAUUGGCAUAUAUAAAAUGGCAGGAUCCGAGAGCUCAAAAGGUUGAGCAGCAAGGUUUAGUAGCAGACUGCCAUACAAUCUGGUACACGGACCUCCAACAUAAAGUCGAAGAGUCCUCUGUAUUAAUAAACUGUUAUACAAGCUUAAACGUCAACUAUGCAACUUUACCGGCACUAUACAAAUGUAAAGCCAAGGAUAACAUAGAGCCAAUAAUACUAGAAUUAAACGUUAUUAACACUACAAUUAGCAGUGCAAACAUAACUGUGCGAGUGCAAUCAGAAUCUCCGCCGACAAAAGAUGAUUAUCUCAUAUACUGUGCCUUCGAUCCUACGCUUAAUAAUACACAGAUAAUAAAUUUCCACACCCACCCAACCGCCAUGCACUUUAUAUACCUGGACAUAAUUGAAGGAAACACAUCAGACAUAGCGAAUUGUGAAUCUUAUGAUCUCAAAAAUUUCGAAGAAAACCAAAAUAGGUCUUUAACAGAUCUAAUGAGAGAUGAUACAGAUAGGUUUUUCACUUUCGCCUACGGAUUACCAACAACCGAUUUACUGGACAUGACCAGUCUAGUGAAUGUAACUUCAAGCGAAAUAAGGGUUCUGAGAUUCGAUGUGAACCAAUUCAUAGAUAUAGGCGGAAGCUUAGUAAUUGAAGCGAGUUUACUUAUGAGUGCAGGUUACUACGGUGGGUACAAGAGGGAGCUUCUGAAGGGAUCGCUACUAGGUUUUACAGAAGAUAACCAAUUUUUCAAGGUCGUCGUAUGUUUGAGCGUUGGUCACGCCAGCAUUCCAUUACAAUCCGGUCAAUGCAGGUUUAACGAUCGGGUCACACAGGCGCUUUUUGUGCUGAACAGCACAGAUUCCGAUUCGAUAUACGACAAAAUUAUCAUUCCGUAUCCAGAGGCAGGGUUAUGGUACGUGACGAUACGUUUGUUCUGCGAUAGCGUCGUCUGUCCAUGUCCGACGUCGAUCGAUGGGACGAAGUAUUACGUUCAGACGGAGAAAGGUGAUGAAGAUUUCAGCACGUUUUCGAAUGUUACAAGGAAUGGGGAAACUGAUUGCAACGCGACCGUGUUGCUAUCUCUGACUUCCGGUUCCUGUAUCAGCGGGAAGUGUAGUAACAAUGGAAAUUGUGCAUUGAAUACUUUCAGCGGGCUCGUGAUGUCAUAUUGUUCGUGCUCUGCAGGAUAUGGAGGUUGGGACUGCUCCGACGAUUCAAGGGUCGACAGCCACGCGUACAUGCUAGUGUCCAUUUUCCUACUGACCCUUAGCAAUUUACUUUUUCUCUUCUCCAUUUACGUAGCAACAAUACGUCUUUACUACGUCGAAGCUAUCAUGUACGCUUUUACAAUGCUAUUCUCCACGUUCUACCACGCUUGUGAUGCGCCUGCGCAAGUUGCGUAUUGUAUUUUGAGAGGCAACGUACUACAGUUUGGGGACUUUUAUUGCGGUCUCAUGUCAUUCUGGGUGACAUUGCUUGCCAUGAGCAUUAUAGGUUUAAGUUUAAAGUCGUUCCUACAAAUCAUCGGUGCAAUAGUUAUAGCUUUAUUAACAACGUGGAAUAUGCAUUCGAUAGUAGCUUUCCUAUUACCUGUUGCAUUCGGAGUGUUGGUGCUUUUAGGAAGCUGGUACCUGGAUUUUAGAAAGACAAGGUUCUUUAGGUAUCCAAAAUCUUAUUACGCGGUUUACAUGCCUAUAGGUUUAAUUCUGGUGUCUAUUGGAUUGAUUUGUUACGCGUUCUUGCAGACUGAGCAGAAUUAUAAAAUAGUGCAUUCCAUAUGGCAUAUGAUUAUAGCCAUGGGCGUUGUUUUCUUACUGCCAGAUAUUAGGCGGCACGGGGAAACCCCGUUUUUACCGAAUCGGGAAUGCUUUAAAUCCCCUUUCUAUAGUUACUUUCGUUGUACUCGUCCAGAAAGUCCGUAAUGUAAUGUAACUAAGUUGUUAUAUAUUAGGAAGUAAUUCCCGUUUUCACUAAACCUAGUAAACUGUUAAAUCGGAUGCCUAAUGAUUUAAGUGAUGCGUAGAAAAAAAUAACGUUUCACCAACUCUUAGAUGAUGACUAGCGAUGUUGGGCGCCAUCUGAAGUUACGACACCGAUUCGGCUUGAUGAAUUAAUCCGGUUUUUUUAAUAACCUUAAAUCCGUACGAACAAUGAAAAAU